CCACACGAGAUAUUUUGAAAAUUCUAUCGCUGCUUUUUCUUCUUUUUAAAGCAGUAGGAGAUAAAUAAGUCUGAAGACGAACGGGUGCUUUUGAGUGAAGAAGAAGAAGAAGAAGAAGAAGAGAUGGAGAAGUCAGGAGAAGCGCAUUUCCCAAAACUGGAGAAACCUACAGGCAAGAAACAGACAGCAACGGUCGUGGUGGGAGUGUUGGCGGUGGGAUGGUUGGCGAUAGAGCUCGUGUUUAAGCCACUCUUCAAGAAGCUCAGCUCAUCAAAGGACAAAUCCGAUUCCGACGAUACCACCACCGUUCCUCCCCCGUCGGGCGCCUGAAUUUCGUGACAAUUAUAUAUUUAUAAGAAAAAAAAAUAAAAAUAAGAGUGAAGCCUCUUAUUCGGGGUGAGAAACGUGGAGAGGUCUUUACUUAUUAGUUUUCUACUUCUCUUUGUGAAUUUCUUUCCUUGCUGCUUCUUAUCGUUCCCCUCUGUUUUACUGCUUUUGAUCGAUGUGUUUUGUUUUACUGCUUUUUCCUCUUUUUAAUAAUAAUUUUAAAAAAAUGAGGAUAAUGUAGAUUAAUGAGAUACGGAGACGAUGUACUCUCAACUGGUUUCAUUUUUUCCUCAUUA